AAUCUUUAUUGAUAUCCUUUGUUUUCACAUAACCUAAAUUUCCCCCGUCCCUUCCCAGAGAGCCAUCCCAUAUAACAAAGAAAAAAAAUUUAAAAGAGGAAGAGGAAAAAUUUAUCAAUCAUUAUAUGGAAACUCUGGAAAUGCAUGCAAUAUUCCACACUCUGUCUUCUGAAAAUAACUGAGGAAAGUGUCUUCUCACAUCUGUUCUUACUCUUGUAAUUUUGCAACUUUUUGUGUUUUUUCAGGCUCAUUUAUACUCCAAUUUGUCAUUUCCCACAGGACAGUAAUAUUCCACUCUAUUCACAAAACACAAUUUGUUUAGCCGGCUCUCAACAAUGAGCAUUUACUUUGUUUCUAGCUCUGUUACCAAAGAAAAAUGUUGCUAUCAAUAUCUCACUGUGUAUGGGGCCUUUUCUUUUUCAUCAUUGACCUCUUCAGGGUAUAGGUUUAGCAGUAGGAUCUCUGGGUUAAAGGGUAGGAACCUGCUGGUCAGUUGGUUGGAAUGAUUCCAAUUUGCUUUUCCAAGUGUUUGUACAAAUUCACAGCACUACCAAUAAUGCAGUAAUGGGCCUAUCUUCCAGUAAGUAUCAUUAAAUAGUUCUGUAUGCCUUAUUUUUCACUUCAAAAGCCAUUUUGGAGUCUUUAGGUACCUGAAGGUAAGACAAAUGACUUGAAUAUUUAAUAUAAGGAUUCGUCUCAGAAAAAAUAAAUAUUAAAAAGACAUCCGUAAGUUGCGUGUUUUACUCACACAAGGACCUCGUCCAUGUUCUUUCCUGUGAGUCAAGUGCAGAGUGUUAACUAGGGUUGAGCAAUUAGAACUCUGCCCUAGGGCUCCAACAUUUAGAGGGCACUGACAACAGCAAAUAGAAAGAACCGAGCAUACCACAUGGUUAGCAAGACCAGAAGAUGAGCUCUUUCUGGGUUCAGCCCCGCCUUGCCCCCUCCCUACCACAUUCCUUGUACUAUCACACAGUCUCGGUCUCUCCCAACCCCCAACACUUCAUGGCCUGAGAUGUGAGGUCUUCCCAGCCCUCCUUAUCAGAACUGGCUUUUAGAAGCUAUUUUGGGAGUCUUUUGUAAUGUUUUCCCAGGGCAUUUUUCUGGUACUUGUCCCUUGUGUCAGAAUUCCUAAGUACAGCUCAGCUCCCUGAGAGAGAAAAGGCUCCCCAUGCUAGAUAGAAAUGCUCAAAUCACUUCAGAUUAUUUCAAGGGUAACCUCUUUUCUAUCAUUUGAUUUCUCUCUGGGGGAGGGCAUUCUGAGCCCUUUUCUUUGGAGGUUUCUCUUUCAAGGUACCUCCUAUGAGCAACCAGUGCUAAGCCAGAUUCUCUUGGAAGGUGACAUUGGGAGCAUGAGGAACAAAGGAACUUCUACCUAUGAAAGUCCCCCUUCCCAGGAUCCUGCUGGAGAAGCAAACCUAAAAUCUCGUUCCACACAAGAUUUGAAAGGUUUCUUCGACCCUAGUUCUCACACGGCUAUACAAAACCACCAGGCACGCACUCCCUGCCAAUGUAGACCUCAGUUCAGUGACACGGUCAGGUAUGAGCUCAUUCAGAGCCUGGACACCCGGGAGCCAGAAAGCCACCUUCCCAGAAGCCCAGGCAGCCCCCCGGGGGACAGCCGACCCGCUGCUAAGUCACAGGGCCUGCCAAGGCGUUCCAGGGCUCCGGCAGCCUGGCUCCCAUCACGAGCUCCCACCUCUUUCAUUCCUGUCACUGAACCUCCCUGGGCCUGUUUCCUCAUCUGUAAAAUGAGGGGGUCAGAUUAGAUGGGCCUCUCAGGGCCCUCCCCUCUCUAACUCCAUGAUGUUAAGAUAUCACCCAUCGUCUCUCAGCCUGUGGUGUCUUUGUUUAGAGACAAAUAACUCAAGGCGUGGAAACUGAGGAAUCCACUGGGCUAUAAUGGUUACUCUCCAAGUUUGACCUGACAACAGCCACUCCAUAGAAGCCGGUGAUAGCAAGCAAGCCUUGGUAGGCUGGUAGUGCCACCUAGUGACUGGCAGAGGAACAAUCUGACCCAGUGCUAGACACGGUCCCUCUCCAUCACUUUCUUGUUUCCAAUGCUACUGCACAGUCGUCAAGAGGAGUAAGUAAUGUGUGUCAAGACCUUAAAAGUGUAUAAAUACGCCACAGUUGCCCAUAGGGCUUCAUCCGCACCUACUGGAGAAAAUGUGCUCUUGAAAGCUACAGCAGCAGAGCACAAACUUGUAAGGUGACCCAGGGACACACACCUGUGCCUUACCUGAGCAUCAGCCUCCCUGAGGGGAGAGCUCACCCCAGGCUGACCCUUAAGCCUUUGUUUGGGGGGGGUGCAUUUUAGAACCACCCCCCAAAGUGCUCACAGAGGAUGGCGUCCGGGAUGGUGAGGGGGCAGGAUACCCUAUUCAGGAGGAGCUGAUUUUCAAAUUGUCAGUGAACAUCUGUACCUCAGAAAGGCUACAAAUCAGGGCUCGGUGGAUCGCUUUGCUGAUUGUCCACAGACUUAAGAAAGUGAGGGACAAAAGGUGUAGGUGCUCUUAUUAUCCCCAUUUCACAGAUGAGGAAAUUGUUGCAUGCCAAGGUUAAGUGACUCAGAGUCCCUACUGUCUGAAGCUGGACUUGAACUCAGGAUUUCCUGACCAACCCCAGCACUCCAUCCCCUGUAUCACCUCUGGCUGGCAAUGGAACCAGGGAGGCCUGGAUUCAAGUCUAGCACAUCUAGUGUCUAAUUCACUUCCCUCCUUUUGCGUCCCAGACAACUCGGAGUUGCCUCAGUGACUGCAAGCGCUAUCUCUGGCCUCUUUUCGUAUCCCCAGCACUUCGCUCGGUGCCUGGCACACAGGAGACACGAUGUCGGCUGACUGAUUGACUGAGGUGUUCCCUACAAGGCGGCUACAGGUGCUGACCCUUCCCCCCCAAACAGGGGUCAGGGCCUGGAAGACAAGGACUGAUCUCGCUUAGCAGAGGCAGCACUUGGCUCAGCUAAGGUCCCCUCGGCUCAUCCUAUGAAGGCUGUCAUACUAGAGAAGGAUCGGAGGCUUAUGAACCCCCAUCUAGCCCUGGCCCUACAGCUGGUAAGGAGGUCCUGGGGACUUAAAUCCCACAGGAUCCUCUCUCCUGCUCUCCUUGUACCAGAUCAUAGAGUUAGUGCUGGAAGCAAGCUGGGGUCACUUCAGCACAAUUACUUUACAGGUGAGAAAACCAAGGUCCAGGGAGAGAAAAGACCUGCCCAAGGUCACUCUGGUAAUGUGCCAUGGUAAGGAUUUAAAGCCAGCCCCAGCCCACUGCAGCUGAUCGAGGGCCUACUACACGCUCCACAGUCCGGCCACACAGGCUCCCUUGUUUCUCACACCUUUCCCCUUUCUGUAUUUACACAAGCUGUGCCCUAUGCCUGGAAUGCAAUCCCCCCUCAAGUCUACCUCUUGGAACUCAAAGCUCAGCUCCUGCUGCUUCCUCCAUGAAGCCGUUCUCCAUUCCCCACAGCUGCUAGCGCUCCCCUCCUCCCCCUUGCAUUUUCAUUGCAUAAGUUUAUCCCUAUUGUUGAUCUAAUUAACAAUUACAUUAUGCUUAUGGGAGACAGCAUGACACAGUGGAUAGAAAGCUGGCCUCAGAACCAGGAAGGCCUGGGCUCAAAUCUACCUUCUGACCUUGGGCAAAUCUCUAAGAUUGCAAACUGCAGAGAAGAUGCCCCCCUGCACUGGUGGAGAGUCUCCUCCUCCAGGGAGUGCCCACCCAAUCUAUCAACAAGUUUUUCUUCAGGGGCUUUUAUGCACUAGAUGCUGGGAACUCAGCGUACCAAGAAGAUCCUAGCUGCUCAGAAGAGCUUGCACUCCCCUGGGAGGCACAAGCCCAAAGACAAAGAGACAGCACGACUAACACACGACUGACCCCCAGAAGCAGGUGACAGUCUACAGAGAGCUAGGGGCCCCCCAAAGGGCUUCCAACUACAGGGUUCAAGACGAGUGGCAAAGAGAGGGAGAGCCCAGGGAGGGGCCGCUGCAAAGGUCCGGAGGUGGGAGAUGGAGGGUGGCCUGCGUGCGGGAGGCCAUCUUGGCUGGGGUCCAGUGGGGCGGGGCUGGCCGGAAGGUCAUCUUCCCUUGGGGGUACUGGGAGCCACAGGGGUCUCUGUUCCCAGAGAGAACCUGGAGGGCAGGGCUGUGUCUCCCUUUGGUCCUGCCCGGCACCAAACCCCAGCCCUAGUGCAGCCAGCCCACACACUCAGUAGGCUCUGCACACAGUAGGCUCUUGAUUAGUUGCUGAAGUGAGGGGUCAAAGCCUAGGCCGCUCAGUUCGGGGCGGUGUCUCACAGGCCUCGCCCCUAGCACAAGGAUGAAUGACAUCCAGUUGGCCCCCGCCGGGAGGGGUGUGCGCAUGCGCGGCCCGCCAUUCGGCCAGGCCCCAGGCCCCAUACUAAAGGUGGCCUAAAAUCAGAGCACGGCGUCCCCGAAACCUCCUGACACACCGCGGGGGAGGCAGCCCGUGUCCUAGGGCCGGAGGAGCCGUCUUCUGGCUCCGUCGCUCGUCCCUUCUCCCAGGGCCGAAGCACCGCCGCCGGCGCGGAAGCACGCCGAUCCCGCCUCCGGGCUAAAGCACGCGGCCCCGCGUGCCCUCACUUCCGGCUGUGGGCCCGCCCCAUCCGGGCUCGGGCCGACCGCUGAUUGGCCGCCUCCUCGCACCCGCCCCCUAGGGGUGAUUGGCAGCAACAAGCAAGGCCGAGGCCGAGGGCGCCGCCGUCGUCGCUGCUCCCGCCUCAGCUUCUCAGUUGCCGCCGCCGCCUCCGCCUCCGCCUCCUCUUCCGCCGCCGCCGCCGCCGCCGCCACCUCUCCGGCCGAAGUUCGGCUCCGUGCGCGCGCCGCCCGGUUCCGGUUACGGAUGGACCUGUUCGGGGACCUGCCGGAGCCGGAGCCCUCGCCCCGCUCCACAGCCGGGAGAGAAGCACAGAAAAAAAGGCCUUUGCUUUUUGAUGAUCUCCCGCCGUCCAGCAGUGAGAAGUCAGGGAAAGACGUACAGAAAGGAUCUUUGCUUUUUGAUGACCUGCCUCCAGCUAGCAGUGCUGACUCAGGGUCAGGGGGAUCUUUGCUUUUUGAUGAUCUUCCACCUGCUAGCAGUGGUGACUCAGGUUCACCUGCCUCUCAAGUGUCCCAGGGACUGAAGAAUGAUGGGAAAGGAGCGAAACGGAAAACUAUGGAGGAGGAGAAGAAUGGGAGUGAAGAGCUUGUGGAAAAGAAAGUUUGUAAAGAUUCCUCGGUGAUCUUUGGCCUUAAAGGUUACGUGGCAGAGAGGAAAGGAGAAAGGGAAGAGAUGCAGGAUGCCCACGUGAUCUUGAAUGACAUCACAGAGGAGUGUAAGCCCCUGUCUCCUCUGAUCUCUCGGGUUUCCUAUUUUGCUGUUUUCGAUGGGCAUGGAGGAGUCCGGGCCUCCAAGUUUGCUGCUCAGAAUUUGCAUCAGAACCUAAUCAGGAAAUUUCCUAAAGGAGAGGUGAUCAGUGUGGAGAAGACUGUGAAGAGGUGCCUUCUGGACACUUUCAAGCACACUGAUGAGGAGUUCCUCAAGCAGGCCUCCAGCCAGAAGCCUGCCUGGAAGGACGGUUCCACAGCCACGUGUGUCCUCGCCGUAGACAACGUCCUCUAUAUCGCCAACUUGGGAGACAGCCGGGCGAUCUUGUGCCGCUAUAAUGAAGAGAGUCACAGACACGCAGCCUUAAGCCUCAGCAAAGAGCACAACCCCACCCAGUAUGAGGAGCGGAUGCGGAUACAGAAAGCAGGAGGAAACGUCAGGGAUGGCAGAGUCCUGGGCGUGCUGGAGGUUUCCCGUUCCAUUGGGGAUGGGCAGUACAAGCGCUGUGGUGUCACCUCUGUGCCAGACAUCAAACGCUGCCAGCUUACUCAGAAUGACAGGUUCAUCAUGCUGGCUUGUGAUGGGCUCUUCAAGGUGUUCACCCCUGAGGAAGCUGUGACCUUCAUCUUGUCCUGCCUUGAGGAUGAGAAGAUCCAGACCCGGGAAGGGAAGUCGGCCCUCGACGCCAGGUACGAAGCUGCCUGCAACCGUUUGGCCACCAAGGCCGUGCAGCGCGGCUCCGCGGACAACGUCACCGUGAUGGUCGUGCGGAUAGGCAAGUGAAGGAGAGCGCCAGGCAGCAGAGAGGACAGCAUGGCAUUGAUUCAAGGGAAAAGUUGGGUUCACACGCGCGCAUUCUGUGUUCUGAGUAUUCUGCCAGGCUCUGUGGUUGUAAAUAAAGGUUGUUCGUUUGUUUUUUCUAA